UAAUAACACUACCUACUACUAGAGCUAGAGGAGAGCAGCUGGGAGAAAAAGAAGAAGAAGAAGAAGAAGAAAAGACUGAGAGAAAAAUGGCGACUGAGAAAAUGGGGAUCAAGAUCGAAAGCAACCCUGAUGAAUCCAAACUCACUAGCCUCGGCGUAAGAUCUUGGCCCAAAUGGGAAGGACCCCCAAGCACAUUUCCAUGGACGUUUACUUCAAAUGAAACGUGUUACCUGUUGAAAGGGAAAGUGAAAGUUACUCCUGAUGGUUACAAUGACUUUGUUGAGAUUGGUGCUGGGGAUUUAGUAGUCUUCCCCAAAGGAAUGAAGUGCACUUGGGAAAUUUCAGAAGCUGUUGACAAGCACUACAACUGCGAAUAGUUCAGAUAAUUUGUAUCAGGAAUGACCACAUACGAUGUGUCUGGUUUUCUGAAUGUGCAUGAAUAGGUUCUGUAAUGCUUAUUGGGUAAUUGACUAAUUGUAUUAGACGGAGAUGUGAUAAUCUAGACUUGUUGCAUUCAUUUUCAAGUAAUAGAAUCCGACUCUAAAUAUUGUCCUCGGGUCUCGUA